UGAGGACCGGCGACUUAUUUUGAGUCUGGAGGUUAACGUAAUCGCGCGGUGCAAUAAUUCACUUUAAUGCCUCAAAAUGCCGACAGAAAACCUGAGAUGGGAGACUUUAGAUGCUUUGAAAAACUCUCCGAAGGGGAAACUAAAAUACAGCCCUGACUGGCAGGAGAAAGGAGAGGAUAUUCUCUCAGGCUGUAUUGAGAUCUCCAGUCUGUCUCCUCUGUCAGGGCAGAUCUUAAAUAGACUGAGCCCUCGACCGCUGCUAAAGAGCUGCUCUCUGGGUUCCUCCAUCCGUGACACGAGUCCCAGUGUUUAUGAUGAUGCUCCAGUCUGCCGUUCAGUUCCUAUUAGUCCAGAUCAGAUCUCACCCAGCACCUCUGCACCUCCAGCCUCCAUCCACACUGAUGAGGAGAGAGCAGAGGACACACGGGAAGCUCCAGUUGUGGCUGUCAGUUCUUCUCCAUCGAUCUCCGUCCUGUCGCCUCGAGCAACGCAGAUGGCCGGUUGCAUCAGCAUGUGUGAACAAAAACACAGGGCUAAAGCAAAGGUGGAGUUGAGUUUGAGACAGGAGCAGCAACAGCGUGUGGUUUCUGCGGUGGCCUGUCGUGAGUUAGAGCAGCUCAAACGCUUUGAGGAGUUCAUGGAGCUCAAACAGAGACAAGAAUACCAGAGUAUGAGAGACAUGAUGGAGAAAGAGACACAGGAGAGUCUCGGCCGUCAAGAGAAACUACGAGAGGAACACAGACACAGAAUGAAGAUCUCGAACCUGCGUCUGAGGGAGGCGGAGCAACAGCGUCUGCGGGAGGCGGAGCUUGAGCGGCAGAGGCAGAUGGAGGGCAGAGAGAGACUCCGAGCGCUUAAUGCCAUUCAAGAGGAAGUGCUACAGCUCAACCAGCUCUUGCAGCCGGCUCCGCCCACACAGACAGGCCCCGCCCCUGACCAUACCUCUUACAUCACCCGCAGUAACCAGCUUUGCUCACAGGUGUCAGAGGUGGUGCGGACCACAUCAGAGGGUCAGUUUCUCAGUGUGGAGGACAUGACGGUGGCAGAGCGAGCACUACAGGAAAUGAGGUCACUGGUCAGAGCUCUGCAGGAAGAGGUGGCAGAGGCUGCAGAGAGGAAGAGGAAGGAACAGGAGGAAGAGGAAGAGAGGAAACGACAGGCUGAGCUGAAAGCCCAACAAGAAGAGCAGAAGAGAAAUGUAGAGCAGGCCGCUAAAGAGAGAGCCAGAAAAGAGGGUCUGCAGAUGAGAGCGGACGACAGCACUUUAAAGUGGUACAACGAGCUGCAGGAAGCGGCCGGUCAGUGUGCUCGGUCUUUUGAAGACCUCAACGCUAAAGACACACAGACGAAGAAAUUAAAAAUGGAGCUCCAAAAGGCUGCAACCAUUCCUGUGAGCCAGAUAGCAAGCACUUCAGGUUCCCCACUGAAGGAGAUCUUUGAUAAGAUCGAUAAGCUGUUAUCAGGGCGAUCCGUAACGUCCAGUGGAAAGUCUGUGUCCACAUCGCAGCAUCCACACGGGCAAGAGUUUGUCAGCUAUAAACUGGCAGAAAAGUUUGUGAAACAAGGAGAAGAGGAGGUGGCGUCUCAUCAUGAGGCAGCGUUCCCUAUCGCAGUCGUGGCGUCAGGCAUGUGGGAACUUCAUCCUAAGGUUGGAGACCUUAUACUGGCUCACCUCCAUAAGAUGUGCCCGUAUGCUGUGCCACACUACCCACCUAUGAAAGAUGGCAUGUCUGUAGAGGAGUAUCAGAAGAUUCUGGGAUACCGAGUGGAUGACUCGCAAGUAGAGGGUCAGGAUAGUUUUCUGAAAAGAAUGUCGGGAAUGAUCCGUCUGUAUGCGGCGAUAAUCCAGCUGAGAUGGCCUUAUACUAACAAACAAGGGCCUCAUCCUCAUGGGCUGAAUCACGGCUGGCGCUGGCUGGCACAGACACUCAACUUGGAGCCUCUCGCUGACGUCACUGCAACGAUUCUUUUCGACUUCCUGGAGGUUUGUGGAAAUGCCCUUAUGAAGCAAUAUCAAGGCCAGUUCUGGAAACUGCUGCUGCUCAUUAAAGAAGAAUAUUUUCCCAGAAUUGAAGCGGUCACCAGUUCUGGUCAGAUGGGCUCUGUAACCAGACUGAAGCAGUUUUUAGAGACCUCUCUUAGAACAAAGCAGAUCCCCUCUCCCAAGGGCCAGCUAAACUCUGCCUUCUGGAGGUCCUGAUUGGUGGACAACUCUGCUGGAUAUUAACCAAUCAAAUACGCAGUUGCUGUGUACAUAAGCAUCUGUAGGAUUCGUUUAACGUUAAUAUCAUGCCAUCCUAAAUUCAGUUGUAUUUUUUUUUAUCAGUGCGUUUGAGGAACUAUCAACUUUACUGAAUUGGUUUUUAAUAUUUGCGAGCAUCUUACUUUUAACCACUGUAUCUGUCCAAUUCCCAGUUAUCCCACAAAGCAAGUCAAUAUUUAGUUUUUUCAGAUCACCGCUGAACGCAAGCCUUAUUUUCGGAAUAAGAUGUCUCCUGUGCAUGUAUAGGGAUGAAAUGUAUAUCGACAUGGGAUGUUUAAGAGUAUACUGAUUACCUAGAAAGUGGCUUUCAUUUAUCUUCACUGUAAUGUAAGAUACGGUUUGUGCAGAAGAUGAAAUAAAACAUUAA